AAACUAGUUGAUUAUAAAAGGGCCCUAGUUAAGAUGAAUGAGAAGCUUAAUCGAGUAAUUUGGAAGCAGUUUAUGACUAUAAGACAAGAAGUGUUACCUCACUCCAAGUCCAACAUCAUGGAGAUAGAUGAUAUUAUAGACAACCUACACAAAACUGUGAAGAACAUGGUGGAAGAUGGGUUUCAAACUGAAUGUUGCAAAGUGUACAACAUUUUUCGAAGCAGAUUCAUCAACAAGUGUCUAUGUAAACUUGGAUUGCAAGAGGUUAACUUGUGUGAUGUUGAGAAUGAGAAUAUUGAGAAUUUGAUUAGUGAUUUCAACAUUGCUCUAAGGAUACUUCUUCCCAAUGAGAGAAGGGUAUGGAAUCACAUAUUUUCUAUGUAUUCUUUUGAGUAUAGCAUUUUUUCAUCAUUAGAGUGGAGGAGAAUUGAAAUUGAAUUGUGGGCCAAAUUUAUGGUGUUGGAGACUCGUAUUCAUGGCAAUUCUUCUCAUGAAUUUGUUCAUGAUUCAGGGGUUCAUCCACUUACUCGUGAAGAAAUGAAAUGCAUUAAGGAUGUUUGUGAAGAUCAUAGGGAUGUUGUGGCUCAUUUCCAAAUCCUUGAGAUGAUACAAUUAUUAGAAAGUAAUUUGGAUGCAAAAUCCAAAAUCAACAAAAACUCUGCUUUAGGAUAUCUUUUCAUGUUGAAUAAUAAUAGAUACAUACAAUUGGAGGCAAAAUAUGGUCCCUUGCUAAAUCUAUUGGGCAAAGAGUGGACUCAAAUACAAACUUCAAAAGUUAGAAGAAACAUUAAACAUUACAUAAAAUGCUCAUGGAAUAAGGUUCUGAACUUAUUGGAGAAUGAUGAGUCAAUGACUACUAAUGUUGCUAUUGAAUCAAUGAGAUUGUUCCAUAUAAACUUUUCAGAUAUAUGCAAAGCUCAGUCUAUAUGUUUUGUUAUCGAUGAGAGGCUAAGGAAAACAAUGCGAAAGUACUUGAAAAAGAUGUUGCUGCCACUAUAUGAAAACUUCAUUAGGAGAUUUCAGGAUGUUGUUGGUAAGGAUGUUGCUGAUCAGUAUAUUAAAUAUGGAAUGUCAGACAUUGAAGAUCGAAUCAACCAUUUAUUUCUUGAAAUGAAGGAGACAACACCUGUCACCGGCCACCAUAGCUAUGAGCCUAACAUCGUAUAGCCAUUUCUAAAUCAUAGUUUCCAAACCUCCAACUACUUUUGUGACAUCUUUUGAUCAUGUUUUCUUGUUUUGUUUUGGAUCCUCUGUUUUUACGGUAAUGUUUAGGAUAUUAAAGUUGUAUAUCAUACUCAAAUUAGCUUUUCACCAUUGAUAUAAUAGUAAAAUAUUCGAUGGUCCAGAUUAUUCACGGGAUA